CUGCGGUCGUGGAACGUCGAAUGGAGGACUUCGGGAGGUAAGAUUCUAAUUGUUAUCAUCGUGAACUGUGUGCGAUCUUAGAAUUAAGCUGGUCUUCAUUAUUGAAAUGCUUUUGGAUUUUCUUUUUUUAUUGUCAAAUAUUAACAAAACAUAAAUAGAAUUCCUUGAGAUUAUCCCCAUUUGUACCAAAAAAAGAGGACUCUCCUUUCCAAAUAUCUAAGCAGACAUCCUGUUGUGCAUCCACUUCCCAUCAGGAAUUCAAAAUAAGGAUCUCUGCCUAUAGUUACACAUUUAAGCAAUGGUUAUUCAUUUGAUUGCUUUAGGGCUUUUAUUUUCCAGGUAUAAAUCAUAGCUACAGAGGUGUAUUCACUUAACAAUUCAGUCUAGAAUUUUUUUUUUUUUAAAUGCCAAGUUGUGUAGAAGAUUACAAGUUUACGCGAAAAUAAAUGCAGUUAGCUGUUUAGUGUGUUGACAACUUAUCUACAAAUUGCAUUUCAUUUUGGAUUGGGACCAUGGGUAAUACAGUUGUGUAUGUGGCUAUUAUUGCAAGUCCAUUGGGAUGGAGUCUUAUUGUUUAAAGGGACACUAUAGUCACCAGAACAACUACAGCUUAAUGUAUUAGUUCUGGUAAGUAGAACAUUUUGCUGUAAACACUGUCUUUUCAGAGAAAAUGCAGUGUUUACAUUACAGCCUAGUGAUGUAAACACUGGUCACUCAUUGGAUGGCUGCUAGAGGUGCUCCCUGGGGCUGUGCUGCCUAGUGUGCAGCACUGCAUUUUCCGUGUCUCCACCCUCUGCAUGCAGACACUGAACUUUCCUCAUAGAGAUGCAUUGAUUCAAUGCAUCUCUAUGAAUAGAUGCUGAUUGUCCAGGGCUGUGUUUGAUUUGUUUUGGCUCUGCUUCCUUGACAGUCUCAGCCAAUCCUAUGGGAAUCAUUGUGAUUCCUUAGACCACCACUUCUGAUGAUGUCAGCAGACAGAGGCAGUUCACAGGCAGACAGGGGCAGAGGUAGCAGCUGCAGACUUGGAUACAAUUAAGAUUUCAUUAUAUUUAGGGUGGCUAGAUGGUGGUUUUAAUACUAUAGGGUCAGGAAUAUAUGUUUGUGUUCUUGACCCUAUAGUGCUCCUUUAAUUAUGAGGUGUUCCUGUCCAAUUUAGAAGUGGGAAAAUCUAUACCCAUCUAAUGCUGCCAUGGAUAUAUCUGGGAUAAAUAUAUAUAUAUAUAUAUAUUAGUGUUCCCCAACUUAGUUCUCAAGGCACAUCAACAGUCCAGGAUUAAGGUUUUACUAUCAAAUUCUAGACUGUUGGCAUGCAGGUAAGGUGGGCACUUCUGUAAUCUAAAUUAGACAUUUGCCUGGACAUCUGGAUCUGUGGUAGAGCCAUGCAGCUCCACAAGCUGGUAGGGAGAUCAAAAGAUCUUCCUGACUGGCCAUACACUACAGGUGAUGGGAUUGUGGUCCUUUAUGUGAGUGCAGUUUAGCUCAGCUGUCCCUCGUGGUGUUUCUAUGGGAUACAGCACCUCUGUCUGGUUGAUCAUUCAGCGUUCGGAAUCCUUCAAAAAUACUCCAUGGCAAGGAUUUACUUAUGUGUAGAGAAUGAAGUGAUAACACACCAGCACCCUACAAAUAAUACCUCAAGCAGGCAUCUCACAUAUUGCUGAGCCAUAUAAAGCUGUCUCAGACUUUCAGGACUCCUGUUAUAGGUUAUAGCUGGUUUCUUGUUUUAGGAUCCCACUGGUACGUUUAAAAGACUCCUCUCCGUUGUGUAUGAAGCAAACAUAUAACAGGAAUGCAAAAAAGUACCAUAUUUAUUUGGCCAAAAUAUUAAGUAAAAAUACAGUGCAAGAUAAAUACAACACUUUUUUUGUAUUCUUGUUAUAUGUUUGCUCUAUAUACAAUUGAGAUAAGUCUUUUAAAGGUAGCAGUGGAAUCCUAACUGUAGAGGUGUUUUUAUGUUGUGUUAUAUUAUCAUUCAAUAGCUCGUAGAACCACCUUUAGCAGCAAUAACUCGAAGUAAUCAUAUUCUGUAUGACUUUAUCAGCCUCUCACAUCUUUGUGGGGACAUUUUGGCCCACUCUUCUUUAUAACAUUGCUUCAGUUCAUUGAGGUUUGCUGGCAUUUGUUUAUGCACUGCUCUCUUAGGCCUGCCCCGGCAUUUCAAUUGGGUGCAGGUCUGAAGUUUGACAGGGACAUUGAAACACCUUGAUUCUUUUCUUUUUCAGACAUUCUGUUGUAGAUAUGCUGAUGUGCUUGGGAUUAUUAUCCUGUUUCAUUGCCCAAUUUUGUCCAAGCUUGAGCUUUCAGACAGAUGGCCUCACAUUUGACUCUAGAAUACUUUGGUAUACAGAGGUGUGCAUGGUCGUCUCAAUAAAUGGAAGGUGACUGCAAAACAAGCCCAAAUCAUUACCCCUCAACCAAGCUUGAGAGUUGGUUUGAGGUGUUUGUGCUGAUAUUCUGUGCCAAACGUGGCACUGUGCAUUACGACCAAACAUGCCCACUUUGGUCUUGUUAGUCCAAUGGACAUUGUUCCAGAAGUAUUGCGGUUUGUUUAGAUGCAACUUUGCAAACCUAAGCCAUGUUCUCCAAGUUUGAUGUGCAGCAACAAUUGCUUCUCUACGAUCAUUGCUGAUGUCUUUCCUCCUUGGCAUUGUGUUAACACACACACCUGAAUGCUCCAGACCAGCAAACUGCUAAAACUUCGGCUUUCAUAGAGGUAGUAACACUUUCUGAUGAUUAAUUAAAGGGACACUAUAGUCACCAAUGCAACUACAUGUAUCCCUGACCCUAUAGUGUUAACACCACCAUCUAGCUCCCCUGGGCCCCUCAUGCCUCCAUAAAUAUAGUCAAAAUCUUACUGUAUUCAAGCCAGAAGCUGUAACUCUGCAUGCUGUUAGACUCAGAAAAACAAAGCAGUUUGCUGACAUGUGGUAGCCUGAUCCAAUCACAGUGCUUCCCCAUAGGAUUGUCUUAAACCGACAAAGAGGCAGAUCAGGGGCAGAGCCAGCAUGAUUCAAACACAGCCCUGGCCAAUCAGCAUCUCCUCAUAGAGAUAAAUUGAAUUAAUGAAUCUCUAUGAGGAAAGUUCAGUGUCUGCAUGCAGAGGAAGGAGAUACUGAAUCACAGGAUGCUGUGCACAGUGCUGCCCUGUGCUCUGCUGACAGCAGAUCUGAGUGGAUGGAGGCAUAUUAAACCUCCAUCAACUCGGAAGUCCCUCUGGUGGCAGUCUGAGUGACUGCAACUGGAGGUGUUCCUAGCUUUCAAUGUAAACCCUGUAUUUUCUCAGAAAAUAUAGUGUUUACAUGAGAGAGGCUGCAGGGAGCUAUAGUUCUCAACUGAAUAACCUCAUUGAGCUGAAGUUGUUCAGGUGACUUUAAUCAAGGGUAGUUGAUUAGCAGCACAUGUCUGCUAUUUAGCCCCUUAAUUCCUACACAUGACUUCUCCAUUUUGGUAUUAUUUUUGUUAAAUAAAUUAGGUGUAAUGUGUCAUGUGUUCUUGUUUAUCUAAGGUUAUAUUUACCUAAUUGUAAGACCUACUAAGGAACAGAUGAUUGUUAUUAUUUCCUGAUAUGUAAAACCAUAGAAUUCAAAGAGGGUGUACUUCCAUUUUCCAAUGACUGUAUAUGUGGGGGUAAUUGUGAAUGUUUUAUGUAGUUUCCUAAUGUGAGAAUUAGUUGUAUGUGGUGGCCUAGACACAAGGGAGCCACCAUUAUGUGGCCUAAAGCAGGGUUCAACAAAUCCCAGAUGCCAGGUCGCCGUGGCAACUAGGAUUUUUGUCCUGGUAUUUGCUGGCCCAUUCAGUCCCCAAGGUUGCGGGCGACAGGCUCAUAAAGAGCAUGGGCGUGCGUGUGGGUGGUCAGUUGGUCUUCCAGCCCGCUCAGUAAGCGUGGGCGGGCGCCUUGCGAGUGAGAGGGUUGGUGUGCGCACGGACGGGCGGCUCCUGGAGGUUUGAGGCAGAGGGACAGGCGCAUGGGGGAGCUGUAACCUCCCUCCCUGCUCUGCUUCCUCCAGUGAUGCCAGGAGACGGAAUAUGACGUCAUUCCGUCCCCAGAAUCACUAAACAGCGCUCUAUGGAGCAGUGCAGGGAGAUGAACCACAGGGAAAGCUGAACCCAGGUAGGGAGACGGGUUGGUCACAUACGUGUGUGAUUAGUGCAGUGACAGUGAGUGUGUGUGUCACUGAGUGAGUGUGUUUAGAUGACUGGUCCCCAUCCAAGUACAUGGGAAAGGGUUUUUUACUCACCUUUUUCUCCCACGUUGUACUGAUCUCGCUGCAGCUGGCCCUGCCUCCAUGACUGGUAUCAUCAAUCUUGAUGAUCUCAGCCAAUCCAAUGCUUUCCCAUAGGAAAACAUUGGGAGGCUAUUGCGCAUGUGUGGCAAAACGCCAUGCUGCGCCAAUAAGCAGCUCCUCAUAGAGAUGCAUUGAUGCAGGGCGUGGAGAUGCUAUACGUAGAUGCUGUGCAGCACUGACCCAGGAUGCACUCCAGAGGCUGUCUGAGUGACUGUCACUAGAAGUGUUGCAAGGCAGCAAUGUAAAUACUGCCUUUUCUCUGAAAAGGCAGGGUUUACAUUGAAAAGUGUGCAGGGACAAAUUAUAGACACGAGAACAACUACAUUAAGCUGUAGUGGAUCUGGGGACUAUAGUGUCCCUUUAAGAAUUGUACUUUUGACAUUGAAAAACCUGGCUCCUAACGUUUUUUUGCUGGCUCCUAGAUUCCAAGCUAAUUUGUCAAGCCUGGGCCUAAAGGUAAGCAAGCAGGUACAUGUUUAAAACAAAAUGUUUUUUUUGAUAUUAUGUAUUAGCCCCCAAGUUUUAAAGUCUACAACUUUCCAUUCCUGGGCUAUUUUUAUCCAGCCCUGUGUGAUUUCUCCCCUGCCUACCACGUUCAUCUGAUCUCUUGUGAGCGGAGAACUAUGUUUACAACAUGACGAGGCUUCGUGUUUUGCUUUAACCUCUUCUUUACUAAACUCUAUCAGCAGCAAAAAGACUUAGUAACAAAUAACCAAUUCAAAAGAGAUAGGUCUUAGAUAUAGAGUCUACCAACAAAGGGCGUCUGCUCUUUCUUUGCUGCUCCACCUGGCAAUAUUUAUCCUUUGUCUGUUCUUGUUAUCACCCAUUCCUUUAACUGCAUAUCACUACCUCCUCCUGGGGUGUUUUGGUUUAGUUCUGUGGAUCUUCCUACCUUCUGUUGGAUCCCUUGCUUCUGCUUUCGACUUGUGUGCAGUUGUCUGCUGUCUCUGUUUGAUCACAGCAACUCUCUUAAUCUCAUGUUCUCUUAAGUCAUGUGUUCCAUUUUCUCACAUUGCGAUUUGGAUCAUCUCUAUGUCCUUUGUCCUACAACCAGCUCUGAAAGGAUUGUUGCAGGAUAUUUACUCCACAUUUUGGCUCUGUGGUCAUACCCCUUCCUGCAUUUACUUAUUGCUGCCUGCAUGUUGCUUGUGCAACCUUCUGUUAUUUGGGAUGAGCACCCAUUAAAACCACCUUUGUUUGACUGUACACAUGGUUGGUGAGAACCAAGAAAAUCAGUACUUACUUUACAAUUUAGAAUGUGUCUCCUACUGACUGUGCAACAGAUGGCCUCUGCAUCCGUACUAUUACGUCUAUUUGAGACCCAAUAGAGUGAGCCCCAAUAUUGUUUGUAGUGCCCUAAUACAGCAUUUCUUACUUAUGGUCCUGAGACCGUUUCCUUAAUUAUUGGGUGAGCCCCAAUCAGUAGUGUUGUGCUUAUACUGUAAGUUUGCAUAUUGUAUCCUACUUGAUAUAGAAAAUGCUUGCUAAACACAGUAAACUCUCAAUGACCAUCGAACCCCAUAACUACACAGGGUAAUCAUUUGAUGAAGAGAUGAGUAUUUGCCACAGUCUCUUUAAAUUGUUUACAAAUGACAGGCAGAUAGAUCCACCUUUGUCAAAGAGAACUGGGAAGAUGGACACACAUUGGCCAUUUGUUUGUCUUGGUGGAUGGGCUCCCCUUUAAUUCAGUAUCCAGUGGUCUUAAUCAACCUCCUGAAAAUGAUGUAAUUCUGCAUUUAAUUGGCAAUGAAAUGUUUAAUCCCAGUAACAUUAGACACCCACAAUCAGGUCAGUUCAUGAAUUUCUGGCUGCAAAAGUCAUUCAAAAAUUAAGUUUGCAAUCAUCUGAGUGUGGAAAGCCUGUGGCAUUCCCUCCAAAUAAGGUGUCUCAAACUCCUGAAGUUGAUCAGACAAUAACUACCUUUAUGGCUUAAAUGGUCGCUACCCCUGAAAGGGAAUUGAAAAGGGCUGAAGAUUCUCUAUUUGGCAGACUAUACCCUUGGGAAUACACUUGACCCACAUUACGUGCAGGCAUGGGCACAGUGAUGCAUAUGCUUAAGUGGUAAUGCCUAUGUUGCACUUCACACGGUAUAGUAGAAAAGCCGCUCUUCUGCACAUUGAUCAUAAGCUCAUAGAAUUAGGCUCCAAAGAAUUAGGACCAUUGGCACAAGGCAUGCUUUUUAAUGGAAACUUCAUUAAAGAGUUGACCAAGCAUGUAAAUUUAUACACGUCACUGAGCGGGGCACAAUCUUCCCUGUGGAAGACAAGCCCUAAUGAGUUUUAAUUCGUUUUUUUUUGGGUGGCCAUGCCAUCACCCAAUUUUAGCCUAAUUUAUCCAUAGCAUGUCAGCCGCAAUACCUUCUACCAAGAUAUAGUGGGCAGAACCUGCUCCAGCCACAAUGUGGCAUGGACCGGGGCUAUGGUUCCCAAGGAUGUGGUAGUGUCACGUUUCCAGCAGGUAAGCAAGGUCUUCUCAAAUCCGUCUUCGUUUUGUCUCAUUGUUUGAACUGAAAACUAAUUUCCUUAGUUGCCUGGAGUCUUCUAAUGACUUGAAGAUUUGUCAUAUUUUUAUUUCCUUCAUCUGAUUUGAACUAAAGCUUCCCAAAGACAUCUGAUAGAUAUAGAGGUCCACAACUUUCUUACCAAAGGAGCCAUCCAGUUGACUUUGGAUACCAGCGGAUUCUUCAGAAACAUAUUCAAGUAUAGAAAAAGACCAGAGACUUCUGCCCAGUGAUACAUUUACAUGAUCUCAAUGCCUUUUAAGUGUAUUGCCACUUCAAAAUGGAAGGCAUACACCUGCUAAGGAAAUUGUUGUGACCAGGCGAUUGAUUUACUUGCCUAGAUAUAAAAGAUGUCGUUUUCCCAGGAUUUUUCUGGACAGGUUGAGCAUUACAGUUCACUUUCAUGCUCUUUGGAUUUCGUUUGGCCCUUAUGGUGCUUAAAAAAGAUCCUUAAGCCAGUCAGUCAUGGCCCAUCAUACCAGUAUAUGGGGCUGGGGAACCACUUGUGCUGAUCAUUCCAUGGGAGAAACAUAUACACAUUAACUAUCUGAAGCUCAUAACUGGCUCUUUCACCAUAAGAAGCUUUUGACUCAAGAAUAAUGUGUCAGCAGUUUUAGUUGGUAGGUACUUGGUUUUAAUUGCGUUCAGACAUUAUGAACGACAUUUAUCGAUACAAUUAUAAAACUCCAGCACUCUUCAACUGGCUUCCGGAUCCAGAGAGUACAGCUGUAGACAACCUUUUACAGAAAGUUGUCAAGUGUCAGACGUAUAAGCUUUUGAUGUAGACACAUUUUCCUUUUCUCUGGAAAGCAUUAUUAUUUCUAUUUCCUUUGAUAUUCAGUGAGAUUAGUCUAUUUCCUAUUCUUUUUCUCAUUUCGAACUGAAAAUGUGUAUAGUUAAUUCUCUUCUUUGUUAUGUCUCUGCUAUUUCUUCGCUCUUCUUCAUUCUGUUAACUUCUUAUUUCUUAUGUUUUAGUUAGAACUCUAGACCACUGGGUAUAGUGGCUUUUGUCUUUAGUAAGUGUGGAUUCUGCUUUUGGAGCUCACACAUUUCGAGGUGCUUCUGCCCACUGUGAAUAUUCUUUUGGAGCUUGUUGGUUGAUAUCUUUCUGUCUGCCAAGUGAUACAGGAGAGAUACUGGGUGUUCUAUUUUCACCUGACGUUGCAUGCUUCGUUUUUGCUUUUAUAAGAGGGUUAAAGCAAAAUACAAAGCCUCCUAUCAUGUAGUAAAAUUGAAGAUUAUUCUAGCUUUAUUGUACACUUAAUCUUAAUUUCAAAUAAUACGAUAAAAUGCUGCUACAUUAACGCAGGGGAAAUGACCUCAUAAAGCAACUAUGUGGAUGACAUAAAUAGCAGUUCUGUUGAAUUCUUGAUUUUGCUGAAUUUAUUAAUUUCUUCUGCAAUCAUGUGUGAGUCCAGAAAAGGACUAAGAAUGCUUUACACUAACUACUCAACAGAUAACAUACAAACAAGGAUGCUGGUUUGUAAGUUAUUGGCUUUUUAGUUAAUGCUCCCUAAAUUCUCACACAAGCAAUUCUCAGUUAUUUUUUUGGUCUCUUCAAUUAAAAAUAUGCCCUCCUGUUCUUUUAAGAUAUAAAUGAGUCAUACAUGUUCCACUUGAAAACAUGGCGGGACUAAGAAUUGGCUUAUCCAUUGGCACUGCAGGAUCAGGCUUAGAAAUUUGAUGGGGAAACAAAAUGACUACUGUAAGUUAGUUGGGGGCGUAUAAGGACAAUGUAUGUGCUUUGAUCUAUAAUUAGUUGUGGCUGUUUGUUCGUUAUCUUUGUUAACUUUGAAACCUUACUAGAAAUAAUGCAGGAUCAACUGUCAAUUGUAUUCCUUGUCACAUGUUGUUACAAAGGCUUACACAAUUCUUGGAGUUACCUAUAUUUCCUCUUUUAUUCAUUGCCAACUGUGCAUUUAACACUGAUAUGGACAAACCAGGAUAGAAUAUCUAACUUAAGCCAUUAAAAGAUCAAGGUGUGAAUAUACCUGGGUAUUGGAAAAAGAUAAAUGCUAAUUUAUUUCCUCAGCAAAGUAAAUUAAGAUUUAAUUUUUCAAUAUGUAGGUGUGAACUGUGAAGAAUCAUAGUAAAUGUGCCAGACUGCAACAUUUCCUGUAUUUUUCUUACUGCUUGGCAAGAGGAUUCUGGAACUGAUCAUUCAACCGAAGAUUGAGAGGUAAAUUCUUCACUGUAUUGCUUUCCAUUCCAAGAGGUCUUUUACAAACAAGGACAUAAGUUUGACUAAUGGUACACUUGGGUGUGUUUUCUGUAAGGUGAGAUGACAUUGCUGUAUAAUUCUGUAUGGAGGAGUUAGAGAAUUUAAGACCCAAGGAAGUGAUGGAAGAACAGGAGCAACUCAAAUCUCUAGGUAAGUGAAUGUUUGUUGUUGUUGAUUGUGUAUAUAGUUAACACAUUACCAUAUGUGUGAACUAAAUGAAACUGCCCAUACUGAGACAUUUAGAGGUGUUACUCAACCUCCGUCAAUUGCAUUUGUAUGUCAUAAGCAAGACCAGAACAAGAGUUCCAGGCGAACAGAAGCCAAAUGCAUAUCACAAUGCAUCAGAGAAGGCUAGGUGCCCAGUAGGGACCCAGGUAAGAGGAGAAAUUGUUGCAAGUUUUUAAAAUAUAUUUUGUUUAACCCCUUUGGUUAAUAAACCUUGAUGUUUAAGCAAAUACAUUAUUAUGUUUAUUAUUUUAGUUAAAUCAAUUUCAAUCGUUCUUCAAAUAUUAAUAAGAGUGAUUAAUCUUUAAAGCUGGAGAUAGGUUACUUUGCAAUAAUUUUAUAAUAAUCUAUGUAUUUUUUUCCCCAAAUAAAUUUUUAGUGUUUUCAAUUCAGGUAACACGCACAGUUACAAAAGCAUCUGGACAAAGUAAAUGAUAAAGUAUUUUGACAUUAGAUAGCAAUAUACAGAAUGUAUCAUUUGCUCUGAGGUGGGUGCACAUGUCAAACUGUAUGUCCAGUAAUUAGUAUGAAGAAUUCAAAUCAGAUCAGCACAAAACAUUGAGAAAUAAGGUGUGCCGUCUCUACACCCCCAAUGCCUAGAGUCAGCAUCCCCAAUAUUCUCUGGCACAUCUUCUCAUCUACAUUGAUCUGUUGGAUCUUAUCUAUCACUAAACCUUCCGCUGGAGCAGCGUUUCCCAAUUGUUGUUCCAUGGAACCCUGGGGUUCCGCGGAACACCAAUUGGGGUUCCGCCAAAAGUUAAAAAAAUAAAAUGGCAGCGAGGGAGCAGUGGGCAGUGAUCUCCUUGCUCGACCGCACAGCAGUGAUGCUGGAGCUGGAAUACGAUGUCACUCCAGCAUCACUAAGAGAUGCCCGAGGGAGCUGAGCAGGGAAAUCACUGCUCCCUCGCCGCCUGCAUGCCAGCCACUCAGCAGCCCCACUGGACCCCAGGGACUCCAUGCCAGCACUAAAGGUAGGGGGGCUGGGUGGAGUAAAAUGUAAAAAAAAAUUGUAUGUGUGUCUGUUAGGGAGUUUGUGUUUGUGUGUCUGUCAAAGAGUAUAUGUGUGUUUGUCAGUGAGUGUAUUUGUCAGUGAGAGUGUAUAUGUGUUUGUAUGUGUGUCUGUAAAAGAGUAUGUGUGUUUGUCAAUGAGAGUGUAUAUGUGUCUGAGUGUGUCAGUGUGUGUAUCUGUGUGUCAAGGUUUGUGUAUGUGCCUGUGUGUAUCUGAGAGUGUGUGCAUGUGCCAGUGUGUAUCUGUGGGUGCAAGUGUGUGUAUAUGUCAUUGUGUGUAUCUGAGUGUGUGUGUGUGUGUGUGUGUGUGUGUAUUUGUGAGUCAAGAUGUGUGUGUGUGUGUGUAUCUGUGUCUCAAGGUGUGUGUCUGUGUGUCAGACAUAUAUAUAUAUAUAUAUAUAUAUAUAUAUACACACACACACACACAGAUACACACUGACACAGAGAUACACUGGCGCAUACAAACACAGAUAUACACACCUUGACACAGAUCAGCACCUACAAACACAGAUACACAUACAUUGACACACAGAUACACACACCUUGACACACAGAUACAUACACACUGUGUGUCAAGGUGUGUGUAUCUGUGUGCCAGUGUGUGUGAAUCUGUGUGUCAGAUAUACACACAGAUACACACACUGGCACAUACAAGCUCAGAUAUACACACCUUGACACACUGGCACAUACAUGAUGAAAGUUCCAUCUAGACACAUGUUCAGGAAAUAUGCUGAGUAGAAAUAUAACUGGUUCUAGGGGCAAUAACACCCAUGUACAUGACCUAAUAAUAACCGAUCCUCCUCAAAAUAGGGCAUGAUUAAAUUGUGUGUAGCUGUAGCAAACAUACCCAAUCCACGAGCCUGUCAUGCUAACUUUGCCAGGCCACGUGAGUGGAACCUAUUUUCUCCCAUCUGUGUGAUAAACUGGCGGUGGGGAUUAGGUUCCCCCCUUUAUUAUGUAGAGCCCCCACCUGCCGCUAAUUGGUGGGGUUUAGGAGGGAGCAAUAGAUUCUUCCCUAUUAUUACUUGGGCCCCCACUCGCCAGUAAUGGGUGAAGACAAUAGAUUCACCCUUCCCCCCCCACCCUGCCCAUUAGUACUUAGGCCCCCACCAGCCUGCACUGUGUGUGUCCCCUUCCUGUUAAUUAUUAUAAUAGAUGCCCCACCAUUAGGGUAUGGGGGACCUGUGUCAGUUCCCUCUUUAUUGGAUUUGGGGGGGUGUCUUUUUUUACAACAGUGAGCAGCUCUCUAAUACUUGUUGGAUUGCCAUUAUAUAUUUAAGCUUGUGUAUGUCUUGUGUAAUUGGGAGAAAAAAGUUUGAUUUCCUUUAUGAUGGGUGCCUAGACCUCCAAUAGUCAUAUAGAGAAUAAGUGUGGAGCAGGCCAUAACAUUUACCACUAAGUGCAAGGAAAUUAGCAAAUCGAUCCUUUGGCAUAAUGCCCCUCUAACUCUAGGACACAGUUCAAAUAAAUGCAAAUAAAGAGUUGGCCUAAUUGUAAAGUGUAACAGAUCCCUGUAUACUCCGGCAGAGUAUUUCCACUGUAAGUUUCCCAAGUCCCAAGGGCUGCAGUGAUUAUAUCUCUUGGUUCCAAGCAGAGUAGUGAUUAGAGCUCUCCAAUCCCCCAAACAUGAGCCUGAACUUCAUGAAGGGGUAAAACUAAUGUGUUUAAUCCAGGCUCAAUGGCCUGCUUUUAUACAAUACAGGGACACAGUAAACACACCCCUGACACUCCCACACAAACCGGAUAACCCCCUUCCGGACCUGAGAGGGGACUAGUUACAAGUUACAAACUCCUCCUCUGUGCCUGAGAGAUAAUUGAGUCAGGAACUGAACUAACUCCAUUAUCACCAGGCACAGAAAAACAUACAAUAUUACAAAACCCCAUAAAAUACCUUUAAAACACAUAAAAUCCCCACAAAAGUUACAUCCCCUGAUAGCCCCGAUCUGGGUGACCACCAUAUCCGAAAAUCACCCAGAUCGAUUCAGGGGUUUGAGAUUUUCCUGGACGUCAUAUCUGACCGACUGCACACAUAGUCCUAUGCCGAAAACAGUUCCAGGAGAAAAGUGGUAGUGUUCGGUCAAUUUUGCCAUACCGUGGAGCUUGUUCCCUUCAUCCAGACGAAUGAUCCCACCUAACAGUGUUCUUCUAAGUUAUAUAAAACCAAACACAGACGAUCAUGGAAGUCCAGCGGUGUUCAGGAGUUUUAGUGUCCGAAAAUAGUUUCAUGAACUCGACGACCAAAAUCUGCUGCCUGUGUUCAUGCGAACAAGAUGGCCGCCACCUCAUGGUCGUUUAUACGAAUUGCGGCCAUGCAGAUGAACAAUUAGAACACUGUGGUUAGGAUUGUUACAAUGCAUCCAUUAGGCUUAACAAGCUCCCGGGUGGUCCAUAGUUCAUGCGGCUGUUCGAUUCCAAAACAGCAUAGGGGAAUCACACAAACCAAGCCAGUUAAAUAGUCUUUUACAGGUUUCCCGGGAGGGCCAAUAGUCUGUGGGCAGCAGGCUGGCAAGCAGGCUCCUCCUGGAGCUUGUGGCAAACUGAUGUAGGAAGGGGAGUUUGUCACAUAAAGUAUCUAGCUUUUUAAUAUAUUUAGUAAGGAAUUUGAGUUGAUUAGUAUUUGAAGAAUAUAUAUUGGCUUAGGUUAUAUGAGUAUCAUUUAAUUAACAUCACCACCAAAAAUCUUAAUCUGUCCCCCUGUUCCAAAUAUUGUCUUUGCAAUGUAAAGGCCCAGUCUCUGUGUAUCAAAAUAGACACUCCACUGCUUUUAGUUGUAGUGUAGGAGUAAGGUAUUGGGGAAUUUGAUUGACUUAAAGGGACACUAUAGUCACAAGAACAACUACAGCUUAAUGGAAACACUGCCCUUUCAGCGAAACACUGCCUUUACACAAAUACCAGACUUCUUUUUAGUAUAUUGAUGGGUAUUUCUUGUUAUACCAGGGGAGGACAAGCAAAUUGGUCAUGGACUCAGGGCCUGUGUUUUGUAGGGUACUGAUCCCCUUGAGCAGUUGUAAGGCUGGCUGGAAGUUAAGAUGGACAAACCAACAGUGAGAUGCACAGCCACCUCAGAAGCACUUGCUAAUGGGAUAAUUUUUGUUUUCUUUCAGCAGUGCAGCUAAGGUCUCUGCAAAGAUUUGGCAGUGCCUUUCCUGUAUUUGGCCUGAAUACUGUGGUUGCAAGACAUCAUCAUGCUUCCUCCACACACCUCUCACAGAGCUUCAGUUGUAAGACUGAGUGUAAUCUGUGAUCAGCUAUAGUUUUGGAUCUUAAUAGUUGCAUGUUUUUGCAAAUGUAUGCUGCAACAUUUUGGCUGAUGUACACCCUUUUUAUUAAUCUCUUAUUCUACUGCAACUUUUUGGGAUACUCUGAACACCAACACAACUUUAAAGAGAAACUAUGAAGUUAAAAUGACUCUAUUUUAAUGAAUUAUGAAGAUAAUGCAUUUAAAGUGAAUAUGUAAUGGGAAAUAUGACUUGCCUUAAGUUACUUCCAUGUACAUAUGUCAUAAAGAUACAUGGUGUAUUCAAUGUAAAAUAUAAAGAUUUGCUCACUUUUCCUCUGUUCCAGUUCCACUUCGUGGGUGUUACUGUUCGCGUAACACCCACCUCCUACCUGUCUUCCACUCUGCCUCUGUUCUUUUUUUUGCCCUUCUUAGGAUACAUCCCCAAGCAGGGCAAAUCUCAUUUGUGACUUUGGCUUGUUGGCUUCAUCAGAACAGAUUAACGUUUCCUUAGCAAAGAGAGUUUCCUUAGCAACCACAGUGCAUGCACUGUGGUUGCUAUGGGAGAAGAGCAGAGGGACCUCCUAUGGGAAGUUUUUUUUCUGCUCUCCCUUGUCUGUCAGUGCCUUUGCACAUUUUUAAAUAGGUUUUUCUCCUCAUCUACAUAUCUGCUAGAUGUAUAGAUAAAAUCUUAUGCUCAACCUCAUGAUGAUAAGUUGUUUGGGGGCAUUUUUUUUAUUUUUUAAUCUGGCAGAUACUCUUCUCUGAUCUCACAAAACUGAUCUCAAAAAAUGCAGUUUCAUUCUUUAUUUAAGUUGAGAAGAAAUGCUGUGUAAACUGUUAAUAACCACAGUAUGAUGCUAUUGGUUUACUCAUAGUCUGGUUCACCAUUCAAUUAACUGGACUGUUUUCACAUUGGCUGCAGUCUGCACAUAUGUGGUUCACAGCUUUCUCUCCUGAGCUGAGAGAGUGCUCAAUCAAAGUUCAUAUCUCAGCUGUCAAUGUUAGCCAAUCAAUAUUCAAAAAUGCAUACUAGUUACAGGGCCAUCUUAGGUCCUUCCCUACUAGCCAGGUUUUAAAAGUGACUCCAAUUGCAAGCCUGAAGGGCUCAUGGCACACUCACCAGAGGUGAAGUUCUAGUCAUCAAGACAAAAUAUUUUAUUAAAGUUGAAUGUACACUUCCUACUUACAUUGUAUAUUGAUAUUUUAACUUCCCCAAUAGAAAUAUGGUGUACAGGGGCCAGGAAGUUUGUGUCAAACAAGUUGAUAUAGAACCAGGGGAUGACACCAUAGGUACAGCAGGCUGUCAUAGCUACAGUGUUUAGAAAGCUCCUUUUGUUUUGUUCAGGAAGUAAAAAUAUAGAGGUUGUUCCCUUAAAACUAAUACUUAACAGGAGCUACACUUAAAGGGUAUAGUCCCAGGUCCCUUAACCCCGCAAAGCUAAUUAUUGCAGUUUAAAAAAAAAAAUAAACUGCAAAAAGUACCUCUCAGGCUUUACUCCGGUCUAGUGGUUGUCUACCAGAUAGCCACUAGAGGAACUUACGGGCUGUUAUGCAACUUUUGGUCCAGCGUCACCCAAAACCCAUGGGAAAGCAUUGACGUUGGUGGGGAAGGAGCGAAAGCGGACCUCGGCGCUGGACCCAGGUAAGCAACAGAGGUUUUUAACACCUUCUGCUCUGGGAGAGGGGGAGCUAUAGUGCCAGAAAAACAAGUUUGUUUUCCUGGCACUAUAGUUUCCCUUUAAUAAGGUCAAGUAAUAUGAUUAGAAACUGUUCCUGCUAUCAUGCAAGUAACUGGGAGCCAUACCUCUUGGAAGGUUUUAUGCAGUGCAAUUUUUAAAUGAACUUUUAUUGAUAUCUCUUUUUUAAUACCAAUAUUCUAAAUUUUACACAUGUAUACUUGCGCCAAUGUAAUCAUAUAUUUCUUUCCAGAAGAAAGCUCUGCAGGUGAAAACACAUUUGAAGGACGUCACACCCCUAACUUUUCAUCAGACUCUGUAAGUCAACAGGAAACCAAAUGCAUGUCCAGGAAGAAAUCAAGAAAGCGCUGGAGCCAUCCAGUGAAAAAUGUGGGAGAUGAAGCUUCUUUGUGUGAAGAACAAAAUAUCAUACAUAUUGCAAAGUGCUCAAUGCUUGAACAGAUAUCUAAUAUUGAGGAAGAAGAACAACUUCAAGACAGUGACCCUUUCAGUGAAGCUUCACAAAUAGAAUCAACUUCGAUUAAGAAGUAUGACAAAGGGAAUAUGUCACAGAUAAGAAAUAACUUGCUUGUUAUAAAGUGCACUGAGUGCGAUGAAAUAUUUAAUGCCAAAUCAACAUAUAUUGCUCACCUCAUGACACACACAACUGAGAACACGUUUAAAUGCUCAGAGUGUCAGAAAGGUUUUACUAGCAAUGCAGAUCUUAUUAAACACCUUACUGUUCACAAAGGGAAGAAACUGGCUUGUCCUGAAUGUGGAAAAUAUUUCUCUUAUAAAUCACAGCUUAUUAAGCAUCAUCGAAUUCACACAGGAGAAAAACCAUUCUCGUGCUCUAUUUGCGGAAAAUGCUUUAGCAAUAACUCACAUCUUACGAAGCAUGAGAAGAUCCAUUCAGACGAGAAGCCAUUUGUAUGCUCAGAAUGCGGUAAAUGUUAUGCUAUUCGUUCAAAUCUUGUUAGGCACCAGCAUAUUCAUUCUCGAGGAAAACCUCUUAUAUGUUCUGAAUGUGGAGAUUUUUUUAGCAGUGUAACCGAUCUGAAUGCACAUAUAAGAAGCCAUAAAAGACAAGUUAAUAUUUCCUGCUCUGAAUGUGGCAAGACUUUUCAACAUAAAUCUCAUCUUGAAAUGCAUCAGUUAGUUCACACUGGGGAGAAACCAUUUGUUUGUGGUGAGUGUGGGAAAUGUUUUAGCAAUCACUCUAAUCUCGUUAAACAUCAAAGAAUUCAUACUGGAGAGAAGCCUUACUUGUGUUUGGAAUGCGGCAAAUCUUUUACUCACUGUGCAAGUCUCAUAACUCAUCGCAGAACGCAUACAGGAGAGAGGCCAUUUGCAUGUCUUGAAUGUGGAAAAUGUUUUACAAAUUAUUCACAUCUUGUUAAACAUCAGAGAACUCACACAGGAGAGAGGCCUUUUGAGUGUCCUCAGUGUGGAAAACGCUUUACAUCUAGUUCGCAUGUCACUACACAUCAGACAGUUCACACAGGGAAAAAACCAUACUCCUGUCAAGAAUGCGGUAAAUCCUUUGGAUUCAAAAGUAAUUUAAAUGCACAUUCAAAACUACACAUAAAAGAGAAUUCAAACUGAUUUUACUUGAGUCUAAAAAAUAAAUAUUUGCUGUAAGUGGCAGAUUACGUUGUGGCAACCUAAUAUUUUCCUUGCAAAAGGUCAGGUAGAUAAGCUAGGAUUAAAGAUGACUUUAAUUGGAUUCUCCCAACUACAAAGAAAUUGAUUUAAACAUUUUAGUAACAGCUUAUAAUGCAAUAGCUGCUAACACAACAAAAAUCUCCUUUUUGUUUUAGGUAAUUAUAUAGUAGUGACAGUCUGCAUUCAUUUUAGGAGACCAAAGUUCUAUCUUUUCAGUUCCGUUGAUGUCAAACAUUGAUGAUUAGCACCUCCACAUUAUUUGCAGAAGGUGGGGAGUCAACAACUAAGGUAUUGCUGUAUAAUUACACAUUUUUAUUUAACUUCUUAAGUAUGGAGGUAAUUGACUAAGACCAGCCCUAAAAUUCCUCCCUAUUAGGGUAUAAGAACAAUACCUACCAUAGUAUCCCCCAUUUUCUGCCUGCCCAUCCAUGGUAGCAUUUAUCCUGUUUUUAUAUUGUUUUUUCUUACCUGCAGUAGGUGAGUCUGUAGGAGUGGAGACUAGGGCAUCUGUAGUUCAGGUUUAGAGCUCUUAUAGUGCUGAUUCGGCUGGCCACUGUGGUCGUUCUGCCUCAGCUGCUGCAGAGCCUCUUUGAAAUGUACACCAGAAUCUCAGAAACUGCAUGCAUUUCUCUCCACUCACUUCUGCCAUGAUCUGAAACAGGAGGCGGGUCUAUUGUGGAGGAUUUUGGGCUUAUCGUAGUGGAUCGCAGGCCUGGAUCAUGUCAUGUUCCACUAUUGAUGCAGUUGCCAAAAUUUCAAAUUCAAAUGCCCUUGAUAGCUUUCAGAGCACUGGGUGCUAAUCGCAGGAAUGUCAUCACCUUUCGCCCUGUGCACUGGAGAGGCGUUUUUAAGGUAUUAAAAUUUAUUUUUUACUUUUAAAACUCCUCUGAGAAUUCUGUUGCCCAGUUUGUCAGGUCUUUUUUCUGAUUUUAUUCCCUGGUUGUUUAACACACCUGAGAUUCAAGAAUCGCCCAUCAAACCUGAGAGAUCCAAAGCUGUAGCAAAAACAAAUCUCCUUAAUUGCUCAAUGUGCAAUAUUCAUGUACAUGAUGGAUGUAAAAAGAAGCCAUGCCUAUGUUAAAGAGACUGCAGAUACAGCUAAUCAAGCAGAAAUGUGUUCAUUUGUUAAUUGGUUCCAGCAAAGCUUAAAACAGACAUUUUAGGAUAAAAAAUGAAACCGCUAUGCUACAAAAUAUUCCUGCCAUUUCUGAACAGGCAAAUUGUUCUGAAAAUGUAAGGCACCAUCUAAGUAUCUGAAGAUUCCUCGGAUAGUUCUGCUUUUUCCUCAGGUUCAUCUGAAGGUAUCAUUAUCUUUGAUGUGGCAUUAAAAUACAAUCACAGAGGAGCACCACAGAAAAGAUCCAAUACCCAGGGAUUAAUAAUGAAUGGAUGCUUAAAUGGAAUAACCUUAUUACAUUAGUAGGAUAAUAUAAACAAUAUAGCAUCCAUAGCACGUCAUAUUUUACAAAUACCUUUAUUGGUACAAAAUUCACAUAAAUACUCUACAUACUAAAUUUAAAAGUAGUAUGAAAAAUACUAUAAAGCAAAAUUCAAUUACAGUUAAACUCAUACAGAUCUUAAUGGUUACCUUUAAAUGGACCAACAUGCUCUAGGUAUAAGGUAUAACGUAGGCUCUGCGUGGGUUUAAGUGUAAUUGCAUUUAUGUAUUGAGAUUGCUUAUUGAAAAUACUUUACUGUAUUGUGAAUGCUACUAUAUUUGAGUGUGUAGUGUAUUUAUGUGAAUUUUGUACUUCGAAAGGAAUAUCUAAGGAAUGAAAAUCUAAGUCGUUCCCUUUUUAUCCCAGAUUCCAAGAAUUAAUGUCCAGAGAGUGGAAGAAUACAGAGAACAAGGUGGUUUUUAACUAAGCAUAUUAAAUAUAUAUUUUUUCUAUAUCAGAAGAUGAUAAACCAUUAGCAUUGAUCCCAGAGGUUGCUGUUUCCAUAGCCCAGGUUGGGAAAAAAAAUUCUGGAUUUAAUGGACAAGAUGUCAGAUACUUCCUUGAGAAUUUUUCAAGCAUUUGCAGUGCAAAGCAUGGGUUCAUCAGUUGCAAGAGCUCAAAGGAUAUGACUGAAAAAGCUUUUGAAAAGUAUUCUGAUGUCAUCCAUGUUAAGCUACUUCAAAAUAUUAAGUUGGCAUCAGAGGUCCAAGCUCCUAAUAUAAAUCUUGCAUAAACAUGGGCCCUGUCUUUGUCGGAAAACAAGCUGUAUGAAAAUGGGCCUGGUCAGUCGAUGGACUCUCUCCCUUUGAGCAGGGUCAUUUUUUUUGGAUCAUCCUUAGAUGAUUUAUUAAAGACAUUUGUAGAGGGGGGGGGAGGUCCUGCUUGAAGGUAAACAUAAGCCUUACUGGAACAAAAUAUUAUUUGUGGAAGGAGCUCACUGCUCACUCCAGAAUGUUAGGAAGUGUUGUUAUGUCCUAAAGACAUUAAAGCCCAGGCUUUGUAGGACUUAAUGAGAUCCUAAAAUUGUCAAAGGAUUAACAAGGACCAUACCAGAUUCAUAAACAAAGGCAUGGUUUGGUGAUAUUCUAAAACUACUAUUUGUAUUCAUUUAGUAUUGACAUAUUCAGCACAGUACCAUUUACAGUACGGAUAUAAAUCCGCAAAUAACUGAGAAAUGAAUGUGAACAAAAUUUGAGAUGAAAAGUGCCUUGCUGGCAUUAGUUGAUUUUAUUUUAUUUCUUUCAAAAAUAUGAAUUUCAGAAUAAACACUAAAAGUAUCCCAUCACUGUUUAUAUAGUGAAUGCUUGUUAGUAGUUUACAAUACAGACAUGGACAUAUUUUUAGCGGUAAUUUAUAUAGGAAUAGUAAUCCCUCCAAAGGUCUAAUAGCAGAUCUUGUGCCAUCAGCAAUGAUCUGCACAUCAUUACAUAGGUUUAAAAAUGAAUACAUUUGAUCAACCUUUUCACAUUUGUUCCCCCUGUGGAUCCUAAAAAAACAAUUUAACCCCGGAAGGACAGAGGAUGUCUACAUUUUAUAUAUUGGAUUUUUUUUCUAAAGACAGAAAAGGCUUUUUUUACUAUCCUAUAUGUCCUGAUUGUUAAAUUACUAAUAUGCCUAAGAUUCAAAUAAAGUUUUGGUUGUUAACUUUAACCCUAUACCAACCCCUCUCCAAAUCUAUACCAACCCAACCCUAAACAUAUGCUUACACUAAAUCUAACCAUUUGUGUUCCGUAACUUUACACCUAAUAUUAAACACACUAUUUAUAACCCUUAAAAAAGCAUUAACCCUUACCUUACCCUUGCCGUAACCCUGAAGGAUACCCUCUCGUGAUACCAUCAAAGGAAUAUCCCAGCUAAAAGCUACUAAAGUUAAGAGUGGUCAGUGGCUGUUUGCAGCAUGACAGGGAGAUCUCUCAGUAGUGCUGCUGACCGACAUGCUCUAUCUGCUGAGCACACUGAUUGGUGCUAUGAAAAGCCCAGCACUGAUCACAAUCGGCAGAUGGGCAUGCAGGAGAGACGCUUUGUCUCCCACUGAGUGCUGGCAUGUUCAUACUGUCUGCCAGCCGUAAUGCUUAGAAAGGAUUUAAAGGGCUGUAUGCAGCACUCACAACUAUCAGUCUGGGGGCACUACUUAGUUACAUAGGCUGAAAAGAGAGAUGUGUACAUCAAGUUCAGCCUUUCUCAUAUCUGUUUUUUUGCUGUUGAUCCUAAAGAAGGCAAUAAACAGUUUGAAGCACUUCGAAUUUUGCAACAAACUAGGAAAAAAAUCCUUCUUGGCCCUAAAGUGGCAGUCAGAUUUAUCCUUGGAAAAUAUGCAAAUAUGCAUCCAGCUGCUGUUUAAACAUCAUCUGUACACACUAAUUAAAAAAGCUAUUCUGAGGCAGAGACAGCCACAUCCGUAUUGUUCUUAUUAUAAAUAAACCUUUCCUUUGCCUUAGACUAAAUCACUUUUUUUUCCGUCUAAAGGUGUGACCUUGUGUUUUAGUGUAUAGUUCUGUUUGUGAAUAUUUUUCCAGAAAAUGGUUUGUAUGGGCCCCGGAUAUAUUUGUAUAAUGCUGUAAUGUUUUUCUAAAUUAAAGAGGUUUAAAUUUAACCUUACUAUUUGGUAAACUAGAAUGUUCCAUUCCUUUUAUAAAUUUUGUAGUCCGUGACUGCACUUUUUUUUUUUAACUUGAUUUAAACCUGGAUUUAACCUUGCCUACACCAGAACGUUAGGCCGUUACAUGCAGUCUUAAAGGGACCCUAUAGUCACCAAAACAAGUUUAGCUUAAUGAAGUAGUUUUGGUUUAUAGAUCAUGUGUCUGAAGUCUCACUUCUCAUUUCCAUGCCAUUUAGGAGUUAAAUCACUUUUCUUUCUGUCCAUGCAACCCUGGCCACACCUCCCCUGGCUGUGGCUGAUACAGCAUGCAUUAGAAAAAUUGGAUUCAUUUUCAAUCAGAUGUUAACUUCAGAAGUUUUUAUCUCCUGCUCUGUAAAUUGAACUUUAAUCACACAAAGGUGGCUCAUCGGAUCUCACUUUUUAGGAAGGCUGUGAAAGUCACAUGCAGGGAUGUGUUAUUAGAGGGCAUAAACAAAGUGAUUUAACUCCUAAAUGACAGAGAAAUGAGCAGUGAGACUGCAAGGGCAUGCUCUAUACACCCAAACUGCGACAUUAAGCUAAAGUUAUUUUGGUGACUAGAGUAUCCCUUUUAAGUGCUUUAAAUCUCAGUCUGUGAAGGAAAACUUGAAACGUCCAAAUGUUUUUAAAGGAGUUAAAGCGACACUGUCAUGCCGAACUUACCUUUCUUUAAUCGCUUCCUCUUCUCUCCCUCUGUCAGGAUCUGUUCUUCAUUUCUUCCUGUCUGUUCUAGUUUUCUUUAACCCCUUAAGGACACAUAUUCCGUCAUGAUUCCCUUUUAUUUCUGAAACUGUCCUUAAGGGGACUACUUUAUCUUAAGGAGGUUUCCUAUGCUUGACUAUCUAUGACCGGCGCAGGAGCAAAGUGUGCUCCGUUUCCUGUGAUCAGAGAAAUUUUCCCACAAUUCUCACCUUUACUCCGUGUUCUCGCGAUGCCUCUUUUCCUUAUUCCCGAACACCGGCAAAACUGAAUUUCGUCCUAACAGAAUGAGAGAAGUUCGUCCAUUCGUGUUAGGAUGCAAUCCAGGACUUAGUUUAGUUAGAAAUUUCAUUUGAAUGAAUGAAAUUCCGAUCCGAUCGCGGCUGCAUCUUGCAGCCGCUUAGUAGAUAGCUACCUAAUUCCCACGGUAUUAGGGAGCUAUCUACCAAAAGGCUAAAAAAUCAAGAUUGGUCUUUCAGCCAACUUUACUAAUACCAAGUAAAAAGUGGCUGCUCACUGUUUAGUAGACAUGCCCCUACUCACAACAUAGCGAGUAGGGGCAUUCGUAAGAUUUUAAUCUCCCUUAUGUUAUUAUGGGGGUCAUAUUGGCCCCUAUAGAGGGAAGGAGGACAUGGGGGGCUUAGGAAAUGGCUGCUCCCUGCCGCUUCUAUUUAUAAAUAGUACAAGGAGUGAGCUACAAGCUGGUAGCUCCCUCCUUGUAAUAAACCGAACGAAGAGGUCUUUGUUCAUUCGUUUAAAAUUUCUAUUCAUGUAUUCGUCUUUCUGACGACUGAAUGAAUAGAUGAAAUUCCCGUUCAAAUGCCCAAGUGUUUAACUGGGCAUGCACAGGAAUUUCACAUCGCUAUCUAGUGUGGACAGAUGACGUGUCCCACAGGGACUUCAUCUACCCACACAAAGAUGGCGGCGCCCAGGACCUAGGUCUGGGCAGAAACUAAAGAUGAAAAAAUAGGUAAACUGGGAGGCUUAGGGGCCUUUGGGGGUGACUAGGGGGACAAUUAGAUGUAGUGGAGUCGGGAGGGGGGGUUAAAAAAACCAAAACUGGAUUCGACCAUGACCGCGCCGCUUUAACUGGUUUCCAGUAGUGCUGCUGAAAAGGUUUGCAAAAAAAAAAAUCCCUCUUAACUUCUAAGUCACAAUUUGAUUUCUCAUUGGAUCAAGUAUGGUCAUGAUACACAAAUUCUGUGAAUGGAAUGUUAGCAGCUGAAAAAGCAUGUCUGCACCUCCUAAAAUAGCUACAGAUUAGCAUUUCUAUUUUAUCGUAGAAGUUAUUAUAUUACUGAUAUGGUAAAAGAGCGCUUUAGUAGUAUGAAAUCUUGAAUGUGUUUUCUGGUGACAGCUUCCCUUUAAUUCAAAUAGUAGUUUCUUUAUGUGGAACGUGUGUUUGUAGCAUUCACAAUAUAUAUACAGACAGGUUUGUAGAAAAUAACAUAAAAAGGACUGGCUCUGUUCAUCAACAUUAUUUGCAUUUUGAAGUUUUUAUUUAUGUUUACAAACAUAUUUGUAUGUAUAUGUGUUUGCGUGUUUUGUUCAUAUAUAUAUGUUUGUCAGUGUGUGUGUGUGUGUGUAUAUAUAUAUAUAUAUAUAUAUAUAUAUAUGUGUUUAUUCAGACCCCUUCAUUUUUAUUCACAUCAGUCUGCACUCUAUACCCCACAAUGACAAAGCAAAAAAAUUUAAGAAAACGUACAGAUUUUUGAUACUAUUGCAAACAUAUUAAGCAGAAAAUAACAAAAUGUCAUAUUGCAUUGUCUUCUCAGCUUUAACUCAAUACUUGGUUGAAGCAAAGUUUGCAGUGAUUACAGCCUCAAGUCUUUUUUGUAAUGACGCAACAAACUUGGUCAGGGCACCUCUCUUGCCAAGGUCCUUUUCCUCUGAUUGCUGUUUGGUUCAGCUGCCAGAAGUAAUAAGAGUUUGGGUUAAUCCAAACUUCUUUCAUUUGAAAGUUACAGAAGCCACUGUGCAAUUGGGAACCUUCAAAGCAGCCAAAUAUUUGUGUAGCCUUUGCCAGAUCUGUUCCUUGACACAAUACUGUCUCUGAGCUUUGCAGGCAGUUCCUUCAACCUCAAGUCUUGGCUUUUGCUCUGAUUUGCAUUUACAGCGGCAAGACAUAUAGACAGGUACACAUCAGAGCAAAAGCCAAGACUUGAGGUCAAAAGACCUCAAAUCAUGUUUUAUCAAUUUAUUUUUCCACAGGUAAAAAUCCAGUCAAGGUGAUUCAGAGAAACGGGAUGCAUGUGAGCUUAAUUUAAAGUUAGCAGAGGGUCUUAAUACUUCAUUGAAUGCAAUAUUAAAGUUUUUUUUCCUUUAAAUACAUUUUCAAAGUUUUUAAAAAUCUGUUUUUUUAUUUGUUAUUGUUGAGUGUAGAUUGAUGGGAAAAUAAAUAAUUAAAACAGUUGUAACAUAAGGCUACCAAAAUAAGUGAAGGGGUCUGAAUAGUUUUUGAAUACACUGGGUGUUUGUAUAUAUAUAUAGAGAGAGAGAGAGAGAGUGUCACACACGUUCAUUUUAUUUAUAUCCAGCAUGUUUGACAUCAAAUGAACUGGGACUGUGUUCGGCUGAACAGGAUGUCAAUAUUAGUACAUUUAAUUAAAAGAAGACCUGUAAUUAUUACAUGUUCCAGUACAUAUUAUGUAUCUAGAGUGAGUGAUCAUCAACAAAGAAAUUAUAACCUCUACACAUUGCUGUAAGAAUAAGUGUACUAAAUAAAGAUCUGGC